AUGGCCAGCCGACAUCGUCCGCAUGCGAUCAGUCAGAACGAGUCGGUUUUUCCUCGUUAUAUGGAGAGUCUGAGGUCUUCCGAUAAAGAUAAGUUCGAGGCGCGAAUGGUCAAGCUCACGGGCUGGUUUACUUCCCCGAAGGCUUACUAUGAGGAGAGCAAAGCAUGGGCUAUCAAGCUCCUCGAGGCGGCUCGAGAGAAUAUCGAGACAAACUACAUCGGAUCCAAUGCCAGCGUUUCCACCGAUGCGGAACAGCUCGAGCUUUUGCUCAAGCGCUUCUACGAGAUGGCGAAAGAGAUAUGGUAUUACAAGUACAAGUUUGACGGGGAUCUGAGAGGUCGCCUCGACGCGGUCAUGCAGGCCGCGACGCGAUUGAAAGAGUCCGGUGGGGAAAAUGUCGACGCGAAUGCUUCCGCUGACAUUGAAGUCGAUGACGACUCGGUUACGAUGACAUCGUGA